CUUUCACUUCCACUCAUCUUUAUCAUUAAAGUUCGUGAAACUACAACUCCUCCUUUUUUGUUUUCGUAAACACUACAUCGUUUUCAGUUCAGCAUCUUUAAAGACGUUGAAUUUCUUAAAUGCUGAUAUGUCAUAAUGUGAUAUUCAUGUAUGUUUUUUUUAAAAGAUUAAUUUAAGAUAUUCGAAUACCAAUCUCACCAGCAAUUAUUAUUAAAAUGGAAGAAGUGGAUGAAAUUGUUCUACAUACACUCCGCCAAAUCGGAAGUGAUCUUGGCGAAAUAAGUAGUCUUGCGGAAUUCAAUACCUCGAUUGCUAUUGAAAGUGUUAUUCGGUGUUUGAAAUUGAUCAACCCUUCAUUGGAAUUGCCGAACCAUGUUCCUCAGAAUAUGUCAGCUCGAUAUCGUUUGGGUUCUACUCUUGCAUCUAUCUGUACGGAGCUGGGCUAUAAAGGUGAAAUAGGCUAUCAGACUUUUUUGUACUCCAACGAGUCUGAUUUACGAAGAAUCUUUUUAUUUCUCUUCGAAAAUUUACCUAAAGAAAGUGAAAAGGCCUUGGACGAACCAUUAGAUAAGACAGCCUUAAUAAUUAAGGAAACCGGUGUCUGUCUCACUAAGAGUUUGAACGAUCCGUGGUUACCUAAUUACUGCAAGCUUAAAAUUAAGAGUGGAGGUAAAUUUUUUCAGAAAAUUCCCUUGUUUUCUAAAUUAAAAUUCAAGACUAGACAUAUAAGUUAUCCUUUCAAUCAUUUCCAGUUAAAUAAUAGUGCCAAAAAUAAUUACAUCAAAAACUAUUUACAAUUGUCACCAAAUCAAGUGAAUUCCAGAUUGUUGCUGCAACCUUCUAUACUGGAAUUUAACACUCACGAUUACAUUAAACAAUAUGUCGAUGAAUUGGAUCAGGAUGAAUUAACCUCUGUCUUAAAUAAAAAGACGAAAGUAAAAAAGAUGGUUAAUGAGUAUUUAGUGAACGCCGUUCAGCAAAUGAAGGAGACGCCGACAGCCUAUCUGAGCGACUUCACUACUGAGGCAGUUCAAGGUGGUUCCAGAUUCACGCACUCACUCCAACUGCAAUUCACUCCAGAGAAGAAAGGCGUCGGCGUGCCGGCCGGUGAACCGCCCUCGGAAAGAGACGAUUUGGAGGAAGACGAUCGACUGAAGCGUGAAGCGGAGGAAAUGCAAGAAAAAGUGGACGAACUUACCAUAAAAUUGGAAGACCUGCUGUCGGAGAAUAAAUCCUAUGAAACUUUAUCGGACAGUUCGAUUCAGUUAAUCAAGAAAGAUCAGAUGAAUCUGGAUGAGCUAAAGGAACAGCUCAGAGUUAAGAAAUGCACCCUGUCUCUGUUACCUCAAGCUGAAACCAAUAUAGAUAAACUUCAGGAUCUUAUUGACGCCAGUUCCCAAAAGCUCGUGGCGCUCGCCAAACAGUGGGAGCAGCACAGGGUUCCACUCAUCGAGCAGUACAGGGAGUUGAAAGAGUUGUCUUCACGCCGCCUGAACGAAACACAGCGCAAAUUGGAAGAAAUAAAAUCGAUGAGGGAGAAAAUCCGCAAAAUCGGAGGAGAGGCGAGGCAGAAGGAAGACACGUUCAAACAUCUGAUGACCGCUUACGAGAAACUCACCAAAGACGUCAACCGCUCCGCGUACACUAAAAGAAUUAUGGAAAUCGUUGCCAACAUCAAGAAGCAAAAAGCAGAAAUCGAUAAAGUGCUCUUCGACACGAGAAAUGUCCAGAAAGAGAUAAACAAAUUGUCUGGGAAACUGGAGCGGACUUUCACCGUGACGGACGAGCUCAUUUUUAAGGAUGCGAAAAAAGACGAGGCCAUUCGUCGAGCUUACAAAUACUUGGCUUCUCUACACGAAAAUUGUAGUUCGUUAAUUUUGAUAGUGGAAGAUACGGGUGCCAUUAGUAGAGAAAUCAGAGAAUUAGAAGACCAAAUUGAGCAAGAGAAUCAAAAGAAAAUUGCAGAUACUCUUGAGAGGAUUACUUCUGAUUAUAAACAAAUGCAAAGGGAAAAUGCUACACUUCUUGCUCAACUUAAAUAACUUUGUUGUUUUAGGAAUUUUUUUCAAUUGCUUUUGUUAGUUAGAAUUUCUUGAAUUUGAGAUGCACAACCUACGACCAAGACUUAGUCUAUAAAAGGAAAAAUGUGUCGCCAUCUGCUUUUCAAUAAAAAAUUAAUUGGGAAUAUCUA